GGGAAACCGGAUCGAGUCCGAAUAUACUUCAUAUUUUUCAAAGGAGUGCUCAUGAAAGUAUACACAUAUAUAUACACCUUCAGGUGGUUGGAGAAGGAGGGAGUCGCCUGACAACGGCCGAAUCACUCGAAAAAGUGCCACUUGAGCGACAGAGCAGACUUCGAGUUCCCCGAAAAAGUUGACGCCGUUGGCACCGCUACCUGCCGGAAUAUUCUGCUUCCUGAGAUUAGGCACUUAGGUUCAGACAGGGGGAUAUGCCUUAUCACGUUCGAGAAAAUCUGUUGAUUGGUAACAUAAAUGAUGCUGCUGAGAUUCUUCAACAAGGCAGCGAACAAAUUACACACAUAUUAUCAGUUCUUAGUUCGCCUUCAAUUUCAACUUUCACUGAAUGGCGUAGUGAAGUCGUGAUCCCUACCAAGGAGAUUCGUAAGGUUUAUUUUGGAGAUAAUGCCACUGCUGAGCCAAACAAUUCUCUAUCAUCCCGGAAGCUUCUAUACUCAUUGGAGUAUGCUGGGAAAGAUCUAAAGUUUGUGAGGAUGGCAGUAUCUUUAAGAGACAUGGAGAGUGAGAAUCUGCUGGAUUAUUUGGAGGUGUGUUUGGAUUUCAUUGAAGAAAGUAGAAAAAAAGGGUGUGUACUUGUGCAUUGCUUUGCUGGUGUCUCAAGAAGUGCAUCCAUGGUUGUAGCAUACUUGAUGAGAUCUGAACAGCUGCCAUAUAAAGAUGCCAUUGAAUCUCUAUCUCAAAGCUGCGAAUCUGUUUGCCCAAAUGAUGGUUUUGUAGAUCAGCUGAAAAUGUUUGAAGAAAUGGAAUUCAAGGUUAAUCGUGCCAGCCCCAUAUACAAACGCUUUCGUUUAAAACUACUAGGUGAGAGCUAUAAUCGUGGAGAAACAGUAGACGCGUCUAAGUUCGCAGAAGAUCCUGCUUUGCCACCGCCAACAACACAGAAGCCCUCCUCAGUCAUUGAUGAUGAACUUUCGACCUUGAGCAUGAAAGAUUCCAUUCCUACUCAAGCGUACCGCUGCAAGAAAUGCCGGAGGGUGGUUGCGCUGCAAAACAAUGUUGUCGAUCAUGUUCCUGGUGAGGGUGAAUCCGCCUAUAUGUGGUAUAAUAAAAGGAAAAGUGGCUUUCUGUUUGACAAAGAGGAUGAACAUGAGUGUUCUUCCCUCUUUAUUGAGCCUCUUCAGUGGAUGACAAAAGUUGGAGAGGGUGCCCUGGAAGGAAAGCUCUCAUGUGUCCAUUGUGAAGCUCGACUUGGUUACUUCAAUUGGUCAGGCAUUCAAUGCAGUUGCGGAAGCUGGGUCACCCCCGCCUUUCAACUCCACAAAAGCCGGGUGGACCCCAGCACUUUGUGAAAUUUGAAUCCAGGUGGGUCACCUGCGGCCUACAAUUGAUGAAAACAACUACACAGUUGUUUUAUCCCUUAAAGAAGAAGAUGUUAAAGAACUCAUCAUCCUUAUAAUGAUUUCUUCCUCCAUCUUCUGACACUCACUUCCAUCCUUGAACUUUACUCUGUCUUUUGAUGCUUUUAAGAUGAUAGGCCAAUAAAUCAUGCACAUUGAUUGUACACUGGCUUGUACUAGCCAAUACAUGCAGCUGCAAAAACUUCCAUCACUUUUUGUUGUGUAUUUCUGAUUACCUAAUUGUAAAAGUAACAUAAAUGGUGUAACAGUUUUGUAACCGAUUAGGUAAUUUUGAGUCCCUUGCGUUUUCAUACAAUAUGUGGAGUUUUUUUUAGUUGUCAA